CGGCGGGGAUUCGGCUCUCGUUGCCCAGCUCUCUUUCGCUGCACAGAAGCCUACAAAAUCGGGGAAAGCUUUUUGGGCCGAGGCCUCUGCGAAAGCGAAGCCUCCAAAGUAGUCGGAGAAGUGGAGCCAAACGGUCAAGACGCGGAGCUCCGCUGAAAAAAUUAAAACAAAAAUCCAGAAGGAGAGAGCGAAGGGGAAGAAACUACAAAAUCGCAGCCCAAAUCGCGUUUCGUGGAAAAGAAGAAAACAAAAAAAAAAAAAAAAAACGUUUGGCUACAAUAAAAAUAAUUGCAGAAGGCUUUAGCCCAAAUAAUCUGAGAGAAAAACAAGUGUUUCGAAAUGCAAGUUAAACAAAUACGCCAAUUAUGGGCUGUCUAAGGCGAAAGAAGGAAAGAGACAGGGCCACUCUGGCUCUUCCAUGUUGUUGUGUGUAACGUGUGUGUGUGUGUGAAACGAUUUUCCUCCUCCAACAAUCUUUUCAUUUCUUUUUUUUUGGCAAUAUGCAUGGGGCAUGUAGAUACAGUCAAGAACAGGCCAAAAUAGAGCCACAAAGAAGGGUUCAUCCUUAAAUUGGUUACAGAAAAAAAAAGAAAUAAUCAAAGCAAGAAAAGAGUAACAAAAAAAGGAACUGUAACAGAUGAGGGUUACUUUUUGAGGCAAAACCACCAAGGAAAUAAUAACCUUGAAGGCUACUGGCCAAGGCUCUCAGCUUUGCUGUUUCGAGGGCUCGCUUACAACAUGGCGUAUGCUUAAUAAAACCAAAAUCUAUAUAAAUAUUAUCAGUUAAAUAUGAAAACAUGUGCAACAAAGUGUGCGUGCGCGUGUGUGGGUGCCAAAUAAAAUAUUAAGCAAAUAAAUAAGCGAUUCGAUUCGUUUCGACUCGACUCCACUCUACGCGAUUCCCGAUGACGCAUUCGAGAAGAGUAGGGCAGAAGGUUAAAUUACACAAAACGUCAAAUUCGCCACGUACGACAGCCGUUUCGGAUUCACCAGUCCGAAAAACGUUCUCGCUUUCGGAGUCGGUCCUACUCGGUCGGGAUACGGAGUAUCCAGAUUAUAGGCGUGCAGAGAGCAAAAACUAUAGAGCACAUAACACAUUCCCAAACUUUCCAACUAACUUUCCUCCCACUAUAACAACUUCAAAAAGGGAUUAAAAUUCCUAAAAGAAAAAAUAUUUAAUAUAUAUAUAAAAGCCUUAAAGAAAGUUUCUCUGUGUGUCACUGGAGAAUAUCAAGCAAAAUAUUUUAAAAAUUUACUCAACCAGAAAAUGUGCCUAGCUCUCUUCUGAGCGAGGGAGAAAGCUUGGAGCAAAAGAGAACAGCACCCUCAACCCGAAUUCACCACGAUAAAAUACAACAAAGAAACAGCAGCAACAACAACAACAACAACAACAAAAGAAAGAAAAGAAAAGAAAAAAAGAAAUAAAAUACUUUCACUCUCGCCACAACGUGGCGGCAUCGAGAGGCAGGAAGCGCAUAGAGUGACAGACAGAGGCAGACAGAGACAGGAGAGGACGGCGCUGGGAAAACUCAAAGGGAAAAACUUUUUGCAUGCCACAAGCAGCAGGAGCGUCACAAUCAGCAUCAGCUGACUGCUGCAGGAAGCCUGGCAGCGGGACAACUGUGUUGCGGACAGGACGAGCGUCCGGUCGUGUCACCAUCCAUUCAAUAGAGGCCUCUAGCCACCAGUUUCCUUCAAACACUGGCCAUUGGCUCCUCUUGUCGCCACACUCACCAACACUCACAAACACCGCGCCCAAGCAAAACGCAGCAGUUUUAAUGUAUCCUUAGAAUUCCAAACAGCUCCAGCAGUGUAAUGCGCCUUGGGGGCAGUGGCAUUCCAUACGACGGCGACCCCCUGACAAUGAGCGCAGCUGGCAACGACUAUGCCGAACUCUGUGAUCUUGGACCCUCGCGAUGGAGUGCCCGACCCUACGGAUACAAUGCGACCGCAGCGGCAGCCGCCAGUUUUGGCCUUGGGCCCACAUUGGGCGGAACGCAAUCGUCGUCGAGUGUGCCGACGGGUGGAUCGGCUGGACUCAGUGGUCACCACCUGCGCGGUAGUGGAGCGCCAGGUCCGAGCAGCUUCGAGGCGGAGGACAUUGGUUUGGCUUUCGGUAUGAUUAGCCCGCCACCGGGCAGUGGACCCUAUGUUGGAUCAUCAGCUGCAGCGGCGGCCGGUGGCUCGCGCGUUGGCAACAGUACUAGUUCGUUGCGCGGUGCCGGCGGUCGUUCUGGACUCUAUUACUCGCCGCCGGGCACCUCCUAUACCAUCAUUGAGCGACCCCACUCGCCGCACUAUUACUUCAACUCGGCGGGUGUGCCCACUAAGGGUGGCUCGUUGCCGGGGCGUGGCAGCGCCUAUCUUAGCUCUUCACCUGCCAGCCACAUGGCUGCUGGAACGGCGGGCACAUUGCCCACGUCGACAGCAGCCAGCGGACGAUCGAUGGGCCAACAUUCAAGUAGUAAUGGCAAUAAGAAGAGGCCCAUCUCGCCGGAGCAGGUGCUGCGCAUGUUUGGCGCCACCCAGUCGUCAUCAGUUCCUACGAGUAGCUAUCACUACAGCAACGGCGGCACGCGGGAUAGGGAUCGCACGGGCAGGCGGAGCCCCGCCAGCAGUCCGCCCUCCACCACCCACCAGAUUUAUCGGGAUCGGGAGCGGGAAAGGGAUCGCAGUGUCCCGAAUAUCCACGAACUUACGACGCGAACCGUUUCCAUGUCGCGCGACCAGCAAAUUGAUCAUGGUUUCGGGAUUUGCGUCAAAGGAGGUAAAGACUCAGCUCUGUCUUUUGGCUUAGGCGUCUACAUCUCACGCAUAGAGGAAAAUUCGGUGGCCGAACGCGCCGGUUUGCGACCCGGUGAUACAAUCCUAGAGGUGAACGGCACCCCCUUCACCUCAAUCAAUCACGAGGAGGCGCUGAAGAGAUGUGUGCAGAUAUUGAAAUCGUCACGUCAAAUCAGUAUGACGGUGCGAGCGCCGCCCACUCUGAACUCGACCGCCCCGCUUCACGGCUUCGGUCCGCCCUCCCGCGACCCAAUGUACGCAUCGAUGGCACCACCCCUGCAUCCACAGAAUCAGGCGGCAGCGGCAGCAGCGGCGGCGGCUGCCUCCGGUGCGGGUCUGCCCUUCCGACAGACCUGCUCCUGGAUGGACCGCCACGGACGACCCGCCUCCCCGCCCAUGGAGUACGGUGGCAGGCGCAGCGAGCGACGAGAUCGAAUACGUCGUGUGGAGCUGCUGAUCGAGCCCGGUCAAUCUCUGGGCUUGAUGAUCCGUGGCGGCGUGGAAUAUGGCCUCGGAAUCUUCGUCACUGGUGUGGAUAAAGACAGUGUAGCAGAUCGAUCCGGACUGAUGAUCGGCGACGAGAUUCUCGAGGUCAAUGGGCAAUCCUUUCUCGAUGUGACCCACGACGAGGCUGUGGGUCAGUUAAAGUACCACAAGCGCAUGUCGCUGGUGAUACGUGACGUGGGCAAGGUUCCGCACUCCUGCACCUCCAUCGAGAUGGAGCCCUGGGACGCCUACAGUCCAACGGGCACAAGAGCACGCCGAAAAGGUCAGAUUGCGACCAUGGUGGAGGAGAAGGCGCGCUCUCUGCUGCCCCGUCAUCACUUUGCAAGCCUUUCCUACUAUAUUGCCGAAUAUAGUGCGAAAGCAAUGACCAUAGAUGCCUUUGUUGCCGUCUUAUUAGAGAUGUUAGAUACGUACGAGAAGCACACGCUAGUGACGGAAAUACGGGAACUGGUGUUCCCUGAGGAUCGCACGCGAUACGAUGAGCUCGUUUAUCGCAGGGAACGCGAUCCUUAUAGCGUGGAUAGGCAUAGGCGUAAGGGAGACCCCGCCCGUGAUUUGCCGGUAACUGCCGAUGAUUUGGAAAUUAUUGCUGCCACUGGACGGAGUCCUUCGUCGGACUCGGGCCUGGGCAUGACCGUAACGGAUAUACACAAACGACCCGCACUACAGUUGCCCCAUCGCCCAAUGUCGGCGGGACCCAUACUGCAUCGCUCACAGCCAGCAUCACAUUAUCAGACAGCAAGUAACCAGUCCUCAUCAUCAUUAUCGCCUCCACAACAACAACAACAACAGCAGCAGAAGCAACAACAACAACAGCAGCAGCAACAACAACAACAUUAUCCACCCCAUCAUGCCUCAUUGCGUCAUCUGGGCGGAAUUGGCGGCAACGUGGGAUCUGGGCGCCAUCAUCAUCAUCCGUUGGGACCAAGUCAAUUGAAAUUCAAACAGGCCAAAGACAAUCAGCAACAGGAAUACGGCUGUGAUGAGCACAGAACUCGCCGGGGCAGCGAAACCCUUUUACCGGAAUACGAACAAGAUACGGAACAGGGCGGCUACUUAGAUGGACUGCGUUCACAUUUGGGUGGUUUAACACAACGUGUCAAAUCAUGGUAUUGGGGACGACCUCUAGAGUUGGCCACAAAACUCUCACGAAGUUUCGAUAUGAAGGAAGAAGGCGGCACAUUGCUGGGCGAUAAAGGUGUACGAAGGCAUCAGUCCAUGCAGCGUCUGUCAGCGGAGCAGAAUGGUGGUUCAACGACUGAACAAACACAUGAACACAAUCCAAACGUCGUACCUGAUCAUAGAGGCAACUUACACAUUACAGUUAAGAAAACCAAACCAAUUUUAGGUAUUGCUAUCGAAGGUGGUGCUAAUACAAAACACCCGCUCCCUAGGAUAAUCAAUAUCCAUGAAAAUGGUGCAGCAUUUGAAGCGGGCGGCCUAGAAGUCGGGCAACUCAUACUGGAGGUAGAUGGAACCAAAGUGGAAGGUCUACAUCAUCAGGAGGUUGCUCGACUAAUAGCCGAAUGCUUUGCUAAUCGUGAAAAGGCUGAAAUAACCUUCUUAGUUGUCGAAGCAAAAAAAUCAAAUUUGGAACCGAAGCCAACGGCGCUGAUAUUUUUAGAAGCCUAA